AUGUGUGAGGAAGAUGAAGAGGAGGAGGCUGCGUACAAACAGCGGAUGGAGGACGCAGCAAAGCGGAUGUCUGCAAUCGAUGGAAUGGACGAUUUGUUGGCUGAGCUGCUGGAUGAAGGCGAGCAAGAGGAGGCUCAGGAAGAAGGGGAAGAGGAGGUUCAGGAAGAGCCGGAUGAAGAGCAAGAAGAAGCAGAGGAAGAGGUUGACGAAGAGCAGGCAAAUCAAGGUGAUGAAGUCGUGGAUGCUGAGUCAGAACAGCCUCAAGCGGUGCCGGAGCUGUCUGCUGAAGCUGAAGCUGCUGGCUUGCCAGAAGCCGCCAUUUCGGCCACGUCUGCCGCAGGGCCAAACCAGCCGGAGACGGCAGAGACGCCUGCAGUGCAGGGCGAAAGCAAGCCAGCAGAGGCUCAGGGUGACGAAGGGGAUGCAGCCGAUGAGGUUACAGAUCAAGCUGAAACGAAGAAGCGUCGGAGGCGGAAGAAACCCAAAGAGGAUCAGACGGAUGAAUCACAAGCGGUUGUGGAAGAUGGCUCCGCGGAGGUUGAGCCGACCAAAGGAGAAGCAGGGCAAGAGGUUGACAGUGCAACUGUACGUGUUGAUGCUGGCCACGAGGAGGGUGGCGGCGGGCAGGCUGAGGAACAUGCAUCAGUAGCAGUCAGCACCGAGCGAAAGCAAAGCCUUGCACCUGCUGCGGAGGUAGACGGUAGGCAGCGAGCCGAGACGAAAGAUCAAGCAGCCAAAGAAGAAGAAGAAGCAACCAAAGCACAGACAGAGCGGCAUUCGGUCAAGGUCGCGGCCACUGCGCCUGCCCAGCCCGAGGCCAAGAAGCCUGAGGAGUCCGAGGAGGCCGACCCUGGGCCUGGACCUUCUGCAGGCAGUGAGGCAGAGGAGUUCGAGACUUUUGAAUGUAAGGCAGGCAAUGAUGUUCAAGAGCUUGGCAUCUUCCCCGCUGCUUUUCCGCCAGAUCCGGUUGAGAUUUAUUCCGUCACAGAAGGCUCCUGGGCAGCUGGCCAAGGCGUUGUAGCAGGUGAUAUCCUGGUGGCCAUAAACGGGCAGGCAGUGCCGGACAAGAAGGACAUGAAGCGGCUGAUGAGGGAGAGGCCGCUGCGCCUGACUUUUCAGAGACCAGCCUUCGAGACACCGGAAGAAUCGGCUGAUGAGACGACCGCCUUCGAGUGCAGGGCCGGCCCAGAUGUUCAGGACCUGGGCAUCUACCCCGCUGCUUUUCCACCAGAGGCCAUGCAGGUUGCGAGUGUCGCACCUGGGUCCUGGGCUGCCAUGCAGGGCGUCUCGCCUGGAGAUGAGCUUGUGGAGAUUGGCGGCCAACAAGUCCAAGACAUGACCGCAAAAGAAGCGAAGCGGGCCAUGAGGGAGCGGCCACUUCUGCUGGUUUUCCACAGGGCAGACCCUGGGGACUCAUCAGUCCCAACCUCUCCCCCCUCUCCCGCUCCGCGAAAGUCACGGAAGUCCAAGGCACCCGAGGUUGACGAUGCUCUGACACAGGCCAGGAAGUCUUUGGCUGCCAUCUUGCCGGAGGGCAUGAAUCCCCUCAGCGGUGCUGUAUCGAGCUCCACGCGCAAGUCGAGAAGGGCAGACAGUGCAGAUGGGCCAUCCAAAGUUGGCUUCCAAGAGGCAGAGGAAGAUGGGGAUGGUUGGGAUGACGACGACGAUGAUGAUUGGAAGCAGCCAGCCCCUGCUAAGAAGGGCGACAAAGGUGGUGCCAAGGAUAAGAAGGAUGAUAAGAAAUCUGACAAAAAAGUGGACAAGAAGGAGAAGGAUAGCAAGGCGGAUAAGUCCAAGCAAGGUAAGUCUGAGAGUGACAAGGCCAAAGACAAGGACAAGUCGAAAGAGUCGAAGGAAAAAGGCAAGGAGAAGGCAAAGGAGCCUUCAAAAGAGAAGGACAAAAAAGAUGACCCUCCGCCGCUGAUUGCUUAUGCUUCCGCAAAUGAAGUUCGCUUAGGGUUCAAAGUUGACUGGCCUCCGAAUCCCUGCUACGUCAACAAGGUGGACAGGAACAGCUGGGCUGAGAUGGCUCAGGUGGAAGUUGGUCUACGGCUAGACAGAGCUGGUGGCAAGGACGUAGCCAAGAUGAGCAAGGACAAGUUAAAGAAGAUCCUUGACGAAACCAGGCCGCUGGAACUGGCCUUCGUGAAAGACAAGAAGAAGAAGAAGCCGCCUGCUGCCAAGCCUGAGAAUGACGGCAUGCUGGGUGGAAUGUUCGGAUAG